AUGGCAUGGUCUCCAUAUAGCGUCCCCCCAAAAGCUUCUGGUAUACCUGGUCAAGAUCAAGGCACCAAGGAUGCUUAUCACCCCCAUGGGUCUGCUGCUCAUCAGUAUCCUCCCGCUCUGGCGACAGAACCGUUUAUGUUCCCUGAGGACCAUCUUGCGUACAAUACUCCUAUGCAGAACCCCUCUGCACCAGUAAAUCCCAACUACCAGAUGCCCUUUCUCCUAAUUCGUACCGACUUCGAUUCUCCCCAUCAAAAUACGGUACACAGUCCUCGUGAGCUCUCGCCCAUGGGCUAUCUCAGCUCUGGGCCCAGUACUGCGUGUACCACACCAUCGGGGUCGGGACCAUCCACUCCCGCCAUGCAAGAGAUGCCCCAAUCAGGUAUCGGUGGUCAUGAAAUGCAGACCAUCUAUGGUGCUACCCAAACACUUAGACCGAGGCACGACGGCCCUCACGAGACGUACCAAUGCAACUGGAAGGACUGCAAAUACCGCGGCGUGUUCUCCCGCAAGGGCGUUCUCAUGCGUCAUAUAGAAACGCAGCAUGUCUCGCCUCACUCAAUUGAAUGUCCUUUGUGUGACAAGAUGUUCUCUCGGCGGGACAAUAUGACCGAACACUUGGGGAGGGUUCAUUCGCAGCGAUUAAGAUAA